CCGGAGAAGGAGGCUGGUAGCCGGUGCUCGCUGGAGGGAGAAUCGAAUAAACGUGCGAGAGUAGAACGAAUCGACGAAGCUCGUUUGCAGGAAGGGAGAGAGGUCGACAGUCGAGGUUUAUCGAACGGAGCGUGUCCGUGGGAGCGAACGAGGCGAGAGUGAGGGACAGACAGAGAGGGAACGAGAAAUGGCCCCCACCCACGGCCAGGAGGAAAUAGAGGGGCGCUAUAAAGAGUAUGCCUAUAGCCCUGUACCAGCGAGUUCCACUUCAGCGGUGUACGACUCAACCACCCUUGCAAAAUAUCCCGUCGACAUUGGUGCUGGCUCACCCAAAUAUCGUACCUACGGUGUCUACGAGAAGUGUCGCGUCGCAGAGAUGGCGGAGAAGGGCUCGACGCUGCUUCAGUACGUGGCCGCUGCCGCGGCAAACCUUUGUUGCGUGUCAGCCGGUGCUAUGUUAGGAUGGACCAGUUCCGUGAUACCUCUUUUAAAGAACGAUGAAGGUUUGGCCAGUGGGUAUAAUCCUCUGGGUAGAAAAAUCGACAACGAGGAAGAUUCAUGGAUUUCCUCGUUAGUUUCCAUAGGAGCGAUAAUAGGAAGCUUCGUGGCUGGAUAUUUGGCUGAAAGAUUGGGUAGAAAGAUGACACUGCUGUCAGCCGUAGUGCCCUUUCUGAUCGGUUGGAUUUUAAUCGGAACAGCCAAAUACGUGAUCCAAUUGUGCGUGGCCCGAGUGAUCCUCGGUUUCGCCUUAGCGUUCGCCUUCACGGUCGUUCCCAUGUAUUGCGGUGAAAUCGCCGAGAUAUCCGUGAGAGGAGCUCUGGGAUCUUUCCUGCAGUUAUUCGUCACCAUCGGUCUCUUGUAUUCGUAUGCUAUCGGCCCGUACGUGUCUUAUCUGGUAUUCUGCAUACUCUGCGCCAUUAUACCUGUCGUGUUCGUCGGCUGUUUCAUCACGAUGCCCGAAUCACCGUAUCAAUUGCUCAAGAUCGGUAAAAAACAAGAGGCGCUCCAGUCUUUGGCUAGAUUGCGAAGCAAGACCAUCGCUAGCGUGCAAAAGGAAGCAGAUGAAAUGCAGGCUUCCAUCGACGAAGCGUUCAAAAACGAGGCGAAAUUGUCGGAUUUAUGGAAAGUGAAGGCAAACAUGAAAGCUUUGCUAUUUACGUGUCUUCUCGUCGCUUUCCAACAAGCCAGUGGUAUCAACGUGGUCCUCUUUAAUAUGGGAGCUAUCUUCAUAGCUGCAAACUCAUCGUUACCUAGCUCAUUGGCAACCAUAAUCGUCGGUACAGUUCAAGUAAUCACUUCCGGAAUCACGCCAUUGAUCGUCGACAGACUUGGUAGAAAAAUACUGCUUAUUUUCUCCGGCGUUGGCGAGGUCGUCUCCCUGGUCGCAUUAGGUAUCUAUCUUUACCUAAGUUUCAAUGGAGCAAACGUGGACAGUAUAAGGUUUCUACCCAUCUUGUCAUUGGUCAUCUUUAUCGCGACAUAUUGUGUAGGCUGGGGCCCUCUUCCAUGGACCGUGAUGGGCGAGAUGUUCGCAUCGAACGUGAAAUCGAAGGCUUCCGGGAUCACGGUGUCUAUAUGCUGGUUGGUCUCCUUCUUCAUCACCAAAUUCGCCAACGAUUUGCAGAAGUUUGGCAAUUACAUCCUCUUCUGGUUGUUUGCCGUGUUUUGUGUGGUUAGCGUAAUAUUCACGAUAUUGGUAUUACCCGAGACGAAGGGAAAUUUGCAACAGAUCCAGGACGAGUUGAGCGGAGUCCGUCAUUCCGAGAUACCCGAGUUUGGCGACAUAAGCAAACAUUGAAAACAGUAUUACGAUUUCAGGUUUUGCGAGGACGAUUUUAUUCUUGGUCGCGUAAAAACAGAUAUAUCCGUCGAAUCGUUUUUCCUCUUCCUAUUUCUAUUUCUACGUAUACAUAAACGCGUCUUUAUACUGCCAAAGACUAUGGAUCGUGAUUCAGGAUGGAUCCUCUUCACCUUGUGCGGUUAUGCGACGAGUUACAUAAGCGUAUUUCUCUUUUAUCGUUAGAGACGAGUUGAAUCGAUAUCGCUCACGAAUUUUUAAUGUAGCGUACGCGUGAUAAGACGUAAGAGGUGCGUUCGAUGUAACAUGAUUAUUAUCGUUUGUUUUAAAACAAACGUGAGGAACGCGACAGAAUUGGGCGAGUAUCUAGUUUGACUCUAUUAUAGUCUGCUCUCAAGCAAUAAGUAUAAAUCAGACAUGAGGGAUGUCGUUGAGCGAUCGAAUUAAAGUCUCAAACAGCGUUCUCUUUGUCAAAGAGAUGUAACAACUAUCGAACGAUACUCGAUAAUUUUAUCGUCUGUCCCGUUUCUCCCCACGUAUGCCCAACAAAAGUUGCUUAACGUAUUUAUUUCCUGACAAACCUUAGCCGUUCAACGUACAUGUCGUUUCCUUUUUACGUAAGAUUACAAGCGAUCCUCCGCAUCCUCCAAGUAUGAUAAUAUUUAAUAACUUAACGCCGUAUUAGAUAUGUGUAUAGUAUAUGUAUAUUUGAGUUCCAUUGCACCGAUUAUGAAACAAUCGCACCAUGUAUAUUCAAUUUCCGAUCGAUUGUCUCUCGCGGUGAAUCCCGUCUAUUUGCGAAAAAAUCGUGAGAAAAAUUGCAAAAAAAAAAAAAAAAGGAAUUUUAAAUCAUCGUUCUUCAAUCUUGACAGAAAAUCAUACGAUUCUAGAAAGAGAGACGAAUGAACAAUUUGCACGCGGAAAUUCCACGAACAUGAUUUUUAUCUGAAAUGAACGGUGCACAUGCUAGACUUUUUCUUAGACUCAGCGUCUAAAAAAA